AUGAGGGAGUCGUCGUCCUCGUUCGAUCCUUACUCUUGGAGGAAUUUUUAUUUCCAUGUUGGUCGAGAGGAAGCAACACGACUAUUAUGUCAGUCCGAUUCUGAUCUCGGCACAUUCCUUAUCCGAGAUUCUACAACUCCGGGAAGCUAUGCUUUAAGCGUUAGAGAAGAACUGUCCGGUGAUCAGCAGGUCCGACAUUAUCUAAUUGAGCCCGUUGAAGCGGAUAAUGGCAAAAUGAAUGUGAAAAUAGCCGAUCAGUACUUUGUUGACAUUCCUGCCUUGCUUAACCAUUUCAAAAUGAGAAUUUUGGCGAAUGUAAGUUUGGUGUGUCCGCUCCGAAAAACCGCAAUUAAUAGGAUGAUUGCUUUAUACUCAUUUGAGGGACAAGAGCCAGCGGAUCUGUCAUUUGAGAAGAAUGAAAUUCUUGAUAUAAUCGAAAAACCACAGGAAGAAUGGUGGGAAGCUCGAAAUGCUUUGGGUAAUGUUGGCCUUGUCCCUGGAAAUUACUUGGCACAAUUUGACGAAGUUCUAAUGCAGAGAGACAGUCCUGAUUCUUUAGUAUCGUCAGAGAAUCGUUUAAGCGGUGCUUCCGUUCUUAGUGAUAUUAAUGACGAUGUUUUGAACAAUGCGCAACUUUCUGAAACGCCAAACAUGCCAACACUGGCGCGUGUAAUCCUGGAUAGGCGACCAAAUGUGUACGAUACGGAAGCGUUGCGUUUGAAGAAAGGUGAUUUGCUGAAAGUAACCAAGUUACAUCCGUCCGGCAUUUGCGAAGGAAUCUUGAAUGGUAAGAAAGGUACUUUCCCGUUUACAUAUGUGGAAUUUGUGGGCGACACAGAUACAGCAGCAACACCUACUCCCGUAUAG